AUGAACGUGAACAUCGCUAGCAGCACCAACAGCACCGACAAUAUGUUUGGAUUGGAUCCCGGAGCGGGCGACUUUCUGCGAGAUUGCGGCAGAGGUGGUCUUCAGGCGCUCGAGAUUGUCGCUAUGUCUGAGAAUGUUUUUUCGCCGAGUUUGAAGGCGGCUGUUACCGACACCUUGGCCAUCGUUGAUAUCACGAAGAAAUUUAAUACCAAUAAGAAAGCCUGGGCCGAGCUCUCGGAGAACCUCAUCGCGCAGGUCGAGGAGAUUAUUCAGCGUACCUGUCAUUAUGGGAAGGAUCACGUUCCGCGUGCUUGGCAAUCAAGUCUUGAGCAUCUUAAUGGAGUUUUGAACUAUUUAAAAGAAAGAGUCGCAAAUGUUCAACAUUGCAGCCAGUCGAGGAGACUUCCCAGUUUUUUGGAGGAUAUGGCAUACAUUGAGGAGUUUAAAAGGAAGUUGAAUGAAGCCAUGGGUGCUUUCAAUACUUGGAUUUAUACCAGCACAGAGACUGAGGCUACAGUAGCCAAACAAUCUAUGCAUCAAGUAAAUAUUUUGGCAGGAGCACAGGAUAUUCAAAUGGACAAUGCUGUAAUUAUUGCUGCAAAUACUGUCAACUACAAUAAUGAUGGGGAAAUUGCAUGCAAAAUCAAUGAGAGGAUGGAAGAAUCAAAGAAAAAUGAAUGGUUGAAAGAAUUGAAGGCUCCAUCACAUAAGCAAAGGGAGACAUGCAUGCCUGGCACUUGUAUAAAUGUGCUCAGAGACAUUGAGGCAUGGCUUCAUGAUCUUAACAUGCCAAAUAUUCUCUGGCUAUCUGGAAGUCCUGGUUCUGGAAAGACAACAAUUGCUUCAACUGUUGUUGCUGACUUUGAAUCUUUCUCUGGGCAAUUCUUCUUUCACCAUGAUCAGGCUGAGUUUUGUGAUCCAGAUAAUCUGUGGAGGCAUCUUGCUUUGGAUCUUGCACUAGGAAACAAUGCUCUAGGGAAAUCUAUCGCUAAGGCAUUAGAGACUCAGAAAGCUAACAUCAGAGGUCUUGAUAUUUCUAUGCAAUUUGAGCAUCUCAUUGUUAAACCAGUUCAAGAGCUGUUUCAAGAUACUGCAACACCACUUCUUAUUGUUAUUGAUGCUCUUGAUGAAUGUGACCAGUAUGAGAAGCUUUUACCUUCAUUGAAGUCCUGGUCCUUGCUGCUUCCCAAGUGUUUGAAACUUUUGAUCACAAGUCGUCACUAUCUUGAUAUUCAGAGAACACUGGAUUCUGUUAGCCAGCAUAUCAAUCUUCAUACUGGGGAUCAAGUUUCUAAUCAGACCUCUCAUGAUCUUGAGCUUUACUUCACUAUGAGAUUCUUCGAUAUGACUAGAUUGCAAACAUCACUGCAUUUGGACUGGCCUGGUCCGGAUAAAAUUUCUUUUCUUGUAAGGAAGGCUGCUGGCCUCUAUAUCUGGGCUAAAUCUGCAAUGGACUUUAUUUUGCACAGAGGUGGUGACACUGAAGAAAGGUUGAAUGUCAUUUGCUCUAACUCUGGGGAAGGCAUUGAUGCUAUUGACACCUUGUACCAGCACAUUGUUUCUGUGGCUUUUCAGGGGUUAAGAGAAGCAGAAAAAAAAUCCUUAUCAUCAGUUUUAGGAGCAAUUGUCAUUGCAAAGAACCCACUACGUGCAAGUGAUCUUGAACAGCUUUUGGGAGUUCGAGGUGCAUUGUCAAUAGUUAGCCAACUCAGCCCAGUAAUGUUAACCAGUGAGACUGGCCAUUUGCAUAUCUGUCAUCAGUCAUUUACAGAUUUUCUGCUUGACCAAAAGCGCUCUGAGGCUUUUUGGGUUGAUUCUCAGAAGCAAAGUCUCUGUCUUGCUGAGUCUUGUCUUCAAUUUAUGAAUGCAGAACUCAGGUUUAACUUCUUUGAUCUUCAAACAUCACAUAUUCUAAAUAAAGACAUUCCUGAGCUGCAGGAUCAUGUUGGAAAUGUGAAAUCUACUGCCCUAAAUCAUGCAAGCUACUUCUGGGCAAUCUAUCUGCAAAGGUAUUCUGAUAAGACUUUAGAAGAGGAGAUAAUGGUUCAGAUGGAGAAAUUUUUGAUGAACCACCUUUUACAUUGGCUAGAAAUUAUGAGUAUAAUGGGUGCUAUAAAUCAUGCUGCUCAGUCAUUGUUGUUGGCUGAAAAUUGGUGCAGAGUACUAAAGCCUAGUAUGUCAGAGUUUGCAAGUGAUGCAAACCAAUUUAUAAUGACAUUCUUUGAGCCAAUAUCUGAUGCAGCACCACAUAUUUACAUCUCAGCACUGCCAUUUGCACCACAACAUUCUAAAAUAUCACUUCAUUUCAGAAAAUAUUUUAGGAAGACUCUGACAAUUGAGGAUGGUCAGAUGAAGCAGUGGCCAGACAGGUGCCUUAUAAGAAUAAAGACUAGUCAUAGCUCACUUGCAUAUUCACCUGAUGGCAGGUGCAUUGUCUCUGGAUAUUUAGGAGCCAUUCAUGUCUGGGAUGCUCUCACAGGCCAUAAUAUCAUGAAUUUUCAAGACUAUGCUCACUAUGCAAGUUCAGUUGCAUAUUCUCCUGAUGGGAAGUACAUUGUCUCUGGAUCUGCUUAUGGGACACUCAGAGUGUGGGAUGCUCUGAGUGGCCUGUGUAUCAUGAAUCCUCUCAGAAAACAUGAUGGUUGUGUUACAUCAGUUGCAUUUUCUCCAGAUGGUGUGCACAUUGUCUCUGGAUCUGCAGAUAAGACAAUCAGACUCUGGAAUACUCUGACAGGUGAGGGUGCCAUGGAUCCUCUAAAAGACCAUGGAGGUGGUGUUAAUUCAGUUGCAUAUUCUCCAAGUGGCAGGCAUAUCAUUUCAGGAUCUGAUGAUUGUACAGUCAGGAUCUGGGAUGCAGGAACAAGUCAAUGUGUGAUGGAUCCACUCAUUGGCCAUAAUACAGGCAUUCUUUCAGUUGCAGUUUCUCCUGAUGGAAGGAACAUUGUUUCUGGAUCCUAUGAUUCUACAAUCAUGGUCUGGGAUGCUCUAUCUGGUCAGAGUCUAAUGGUUCUUUUUAGAGGCUCUGAUGCCAUUGCAACAGUGGCUUUUUCUCCUGAUGGCAAGCACAUUCUGUGUGCAACAUCAAACUACAUAAUUAGAUUCUGGAAUGCUUUGACAAGUCACUGCAUGUUAAGUCCUCUUGAAGACGAUGAGGGCUCAGUUUUUCCAGUGGCAUUUUCACCCAAUGGCAAGCAUAUUAUUUCUGGAUGUGGGGGCAAUACAAUCAAAGUUUGGGAUGCUCUGGCAGGCCACACUGAGGUAGAUCAUGUAAGAGGCCAUGAUGAGAAUAUAUUAUCAGUUGCAUUUUCGCCUAAUGGCAAACAUAUUGUCUCUGGGUCAACUGAUGCAACACUCAGAGUGUGGGAUGCUCUUACAGGUCUAAGUGUCAUUGGUCCACUUAGAGGUCAUGAUGAGGUGGUUACAUCAGUUGCAGUUUCUCCUGAUGGCAGAUACAUUGCUUCUGGAUCUAAUGAUUGCACAGUCAGAGUCUGGGAUGCUUUAACAGGUCAGAGUGUCAUACAUCCUCUGACAGGCCAUGAUUGUGCAAUUAUGUCAGUUGCAUUUUCUCCUGAUGGUAGAUACAUUGCAUCUGGAUCUUGGGAUAUGACAGUCAGAAUCUGGAAUGCACUGACAGGGCAGAGUGUGUUGGAUCCUUUCAUAGGUCACACUGAUUGUAUUCAGUCAGUUUCUUUUUCUCCAGAUGGCAGAUUCAUCAUCUCUGGGUCUGAAGACAGAACAAUCAGAGCAUGGGAUGCCCUGACAGGUCAAAGUAUAAUGAAUCCUCUUCAAGGUCAUAAGCAUGCUGUUCUGUCUGUUGCCUUUUCUCCUGAUGGAAGGUAUAUUGUGUCUGGAUCUCAUGAUAAAACUGUCAGAGUGUGGGAUUUUCACACAGGUCAAAGUGUGAUGACUCUUCUCAUGGGGCAUGAUUUUCAUGUCACUUCAGUUGCAUUCUCUCCUGAUGGGAGGUACAUUGUUUCUGGUUCUAAUGACAAAACAAUUAGACUCUGGGAUGCUGUAACUGGUCGCAGUUUGGGAGAGCCAUUCAAAGGCCAUUAUAAAGGUGUUCGAUCAGUUGUAUUCUCCCCUGAUGGUAGGCAUAUUGCUUCUGGCUCUUCAGACAAUACUAUCAGGCUCUGGGAUGCUCAUGCAGCCUGUAUAGACUUAAAUCACUUAGCUCCUUCAGUUGCAUUGUCAUCCACAUUCUUGCCAUCUGGAGUCAGAAUCAAUGUUAAUGACACUGAUACCCAUCAUGGUGUAUCCCACAUUUUCAAGAGAAAACCUGUUAGUUUUUAUCCCUCUAAGGUACAUACACAUACAGUUAGCAAUUGGAUGAUAGGAGAAGAUUCCAAGUCAUAUAUCUUCUGGGUUCCACCAAGAAAUAAGCAUGAUUUACUCUUUCCAAGAACAGUCAAGGUACUGGGCACCACUCCGACUAUACUUGAUUUUAGUAACUUUGUCCAUGGUACAAAUUGGAGUCAAUGUUAUUCACCAGACUUAUAA